GGGGGGCAGCGUAGCGCCGUGCGGGCGGCUGCGGGCUGUCGCGCGGCGGCGGAAUGGCGGGGCCCAACGGGGAACCGCACGUGACGGGGGGCGGCGGCGACGGCGACGACAGCGGGGACGGGGACAGCUUCGGGGAGGAAGAAUAUGCAGCAAUCAACUCCAUGCUGGACCAAAUCAACUCCUGCUUGGAUCACCUGGAGGAGAAGAAUGAUUAUCUACAUGCUUGCUUGAAAGAGCUGCUGGAGUCCAACCGCCAGACCCGCCUGGAGUUCCAGCAGCAGAGCAAGCAGCAGAACAUGGAAACUGAUGUGCAGGGAUCACAGCCUCCAGUCUAGGGUGCUGGCCACAAACUACUCAGUUGGUGUUGCUAAGGGGACGUUUACUGGCCACCAAUUUAACAUAGAAGUUGAAUAGAUGAGGUACCUCGUGCCUACUACUUGUUUCUUCCUAUGGUUUUGUCCUGCUGUUCUCCCACUUCCAUGUUCCUUUUUUCUUUAGAUGUGUGAUAGGUGCAGAAGCACACAGGAGGGAGGAAAGCUGGUUCUUUUUGCUCCCCUGUAUGAGCCUGGCACUUACCCUGGGGUUAAAGACAGCUGUGGGGAACCUGAUGCCAUGCAGGUUAUUUGCAAGCAAUCCCUCUUCUCUGUGCAAAACCAAACUCUGCUCUUUUGCACUGUUAAAUUUAAUAAAAAAUUGUUUUGGACUCCAGCCUCUUCCCUCAAAUAGCAGAGUAGGCAGCAGCUGUCCUAACUACACUUAGGCUUGCCCAUAGGCAUAACUGGUGAUAAACUUGGAGAGGGGGACCCUAAGCCAGCUCCUGCCUUGAAACUCCAGCUUCCCCGUUAUUCACAUUAACUGAUUUAAGAACUGUGGGCAGAUACUCCCAGGUCACUGGACACUUCUGUCCCUUUCCAAGCAGAUGAGACAAGUUACUAGGGUGAUGGUUUUGAUUCUUACAAUUGGAAGCUGCCAGAGCAGGCUGGUUAGCCCUCAGCACAGCAGUAGCUAUGCAAUGAAAGAGGGGCCUGCCCAUCAUGGGCUGUUAGCAGAGUCCUCCCUGUACAUUUUGACAAGAGUAUGCAUGAGCAUUCCAGUCUGAAAAUGUGUUACCUUAUCAGGAUGGCUUGAGGCCAGCACUGUGAAACAAGUCUUACUGUUCUACUUCUGUAGAGUUAAAGCAGUUUUUUUGAAAGUUGAAAGAAAUUAUUUAUAAGAAAUCUGUUUUAUUAAAAUCACUUUGAAACCAAAUUUGUUCCUGAGAGUCUCCACUAUGAAAACAGACUGUUAUGAAGCUUUGUAGUAUUAACUAAAGGACCAAGAUGCACAUUUUUGCCUAUCUUAGGACACUUGUCCAAGAGUGUGCAUCUUGGAAAGGGUUCUGAGGAGCAGAUUGGGCACACUAUCUCCCAAGAGAGAAACCUUUCCUUUGCCUGGAAAGGAAACAAUAGAGGAACUACAGAGAAUUCUUAAAGAAAAAUAAGUCUGCAUCCAUCUACUUCAUGAACUUUGUCCCCUAUGGAAAUCACAUUAUUAUUCUUUCAGAUUCAACAAUCCAAGCCUCAGUCUUUCCACAUAAUUGCUGUAUCCCACCUGUACGAGUAAUGACUGACACCAUCCUGUAUUAGACACGCUAAAGCCAGGCUUGUUUUAUUCUUAAAAUAAAA